GGCGCUGACUGAAGGAAGAGGAGUUUGAAGUUGCCCUAUCAGGAAUUGUUCUUCUGUACUUUUGCGCUGACAUCCCAUGCGGAGCCAGGAGCCGAGACCCUGAUUUAUUACUCGGUUUUUAUUUAUUUAUUUAUUUAUUUUCCGAGAUUCUGGCAUCGGCUGUUUCAGUUUCUCAAGCUCGAAUAGAUGCCGCCGUCUCGUGCUGGGGAUUGAUGUCCACGGCUUCACCCCUUCUCCAUGCAGCGAGCUCUUUAAAGUCCAGCGCCGUCAACUUUCUUUGCUUCUUCUUGCUCUUCUUGUUGCCGUUCGUGCGCCCUGUCCCCAUCAGAUCGUCGGAUUGAGCGCAUCGGGCGCAUCCCUAGUCUUAACGCCAACCCCGGCGGUCCUCCUCAACUUGUUGAACACUUCUUGAACGCUGGAUUCCCAAACAAACCUCCAUCCUUGAAGGAGAUCUCUUCAUCUAGGGCUUGCGGAGGCGAAAACCAUGAUUGACGGCCAACAAACCUGAAACAGCAGUUACUCAUCGCUGAGGCACAGAAGGCAAUUUGUCAGCGUGUCGGAGUCCCUCUCAAGGACAUUGUGGCUCCUGCCUCUCCAUUGACUGCCCCCUACUGGCAGGACCCCAGACUGCGCAGCCAGCCUGCCUAGGAGACUAAACCACCGGGGAGGCUAAGACGACUAUCCCGAAGCUGGCAUGUCGACACAGCCACAAAGCUUUCCUUUAAACAGAAGCCGGAUUUUAUAAAGCUGUGUAUUUUGUUUCUCCUUUGGUUUGUUGGUUUUCAGAGAAGACAUUUACAAGGCCUUUGAAGGAGACCCAGGACUAAUGAUGAUGCGCAUGCCUAUGCUGCUGGCCCUGCAGGCUGUCUGGGUGGCCCUGGGCCGCACCAUGCAGCACUACCCAUCGGCCUGGGGUCAUUAUGAUGUGUGCAAAUCCCAGGUCUACACGGAUGACGGCCUGACCUGGGAUUUCAUGGCCUGCCAGCCUGAAGCUACUGACAUGACCAAGUAUCUGAAAGUGACCCUUGACCCACCCAACAUAACAUGUGGUGAUCCACCAGAAACAUACUGUGCACUGGAAAAUCCUUAUAUGUGCAAUAAUGAAUGUGAUGCCAGCACUGUGGAGCUGGCCCAUCCCCCGUCAUUGAUGUUUGACUCUGAAGGUCGAAAUCCAACGACAUUUUGGCAGUCAACAUCUUGGAAGAAAUAUCCAAAGCCGUUGCAGGUGAACAUCACCCUGUCAUGGAACAAAACCAUAGAGCUGACGGAUGACAUCGUCAUAACAUUUGAGUCCGGCCGGCCAGAGCAGAUGGUGCUGGAGAAGUCUCUGGACUAUGGCCGGACGUGGCAACCAUACCAGUUUUACGCAACUGACUGCCUGGACGCAUUCACCAUGGAACCCAAGAGGGUGAAUGAGCUCACCCAGCACACACUGCUGAACAUCAUCUGCACUGAGGACUACUCUAGGGGCUACGUGUGGAAGUAUGACAAGAUGGUUCGCUUUGAGAUCAAGGACCGUUUCGCCCUGUUCGCCGGGCCACGGCUCCACAACAUGGCCUCUCUGUACGGGCAGCUGGACACCACCAAGAACUUGAGGGACUUCUUCACAAUCACGGACCUAAGAAUACGUCUUCUCAGACCAGCCACUGGAACUACCAUGGUUGAUGAGAACAACCUGUCCAGAUACUUCUACGCAAUAUCUGACAUUAAAGUUCAAGGAAGGUGCAAGUGCAACCUUCACGCCAACACCUGUGUCUUUGACAAAGAGAAGCUGACUUGCGAGUGUGAGCACAACACCACGGGUCCUGACUGCGGGAGAUGUAAAAAAAACUACCAGGGCCGUGCCUGGAACAUGGGUUCCUACCUGCCCAUCCCCAAGGGAACUGCAAAUAUCUGUGAGUACCAGCUUUCGUCAGUGGGGAACUGCGAAUGCCACGGACACUCCAACCGCUGCAGCUACAUCGAGCUGCUAAACACGGUCAUUUGCGUGAGCUGUAAGCACAACACUAGGGGGCAGCACUGCCAGCUCUGCAAGCUGGGCUACUACAGAAACGUCUCAGCAGGGCUGGAUGAUGAGAAUGUUUGCGUAGACUGCAGAUGUGACCCCUUUGGGUCGCACAGCGAUCACUGUAACGCCACGGGCUUUUGUAAAUGUAAAGAGGGAGCGACGGGCGCUAAGUGCCAGGAAUGUUUGCCGGGGUACUUGUGGAGCAAUGGCUGUAAAACUCGAGUGUGUGACAACAUGAUGCUUCGCUGUCAGAAUGGCGGUGUAUGCCACGGUAACGUACGCUGCCAGUGCCCUUCUGGCUUCACGGGCCUACUCUGCGAGAAGCCACGGUGCGAGAGCCAGCCGGGAGGCUGCGGUGGUGGAGGCUCUACCUCGAGCCGUGCAGCUCUCCUCUCGACCCUCUCCUUCGGACACCUGUUGCUGCUGUGCCUGCUGGCCUCCGCCCUGCUGCCGGGGAUCUGCCCACACGCGACACUCUGAGGCCGGGAGGCCACCAAGAGGAGAAAAAACGGACAACGUCACGG